AUGGACUGCUGCCAACGACCUGCCAACGAUUUUUCCGUUACAGUUCAAAAAUAAACACAAUCCGAAAGUCUGAAAAAUGUCGCCAAAGAAGGCAAAGAAGGGGGCGGCGGACAAGAAGGAGGAGGACCCUGGCAUCCACCCACAGCCGCCGAAUGUUUUCCUAUACGUCCAGCUGACCAACAUAGCCAACCUGCCCCAAACAGAGCAUCAGCUGGAGAUUCACAUUAGCCAGGGUGGCAGUUUGAUCGUCAAAUGCGAUGAGCACUACAACACGGAUGGGAUCAUAGUGCAGAGGGAGUUCAACGAGAGGCCCACGUUCACGCUGAUCUUCCAGCAGGACAACGUGGACAGGAUCAAUCAUGCGGCCGAUAAUCCCCUACUGAUUCAACUCUACAUGCGUGUCUUUCCGCCGAAAAGAAAGUUUGAACCGGAGUACGAAAUGUUUGAGGAGCAGGAGCAGGAGGUUGAUGACUUGGAGGCGGAUUCCGAUUCCGAUUUGGCCAUAUCCACGGGGAAGAACACAACAAACGAUGACGACGAGUUCGAGGCCAGGGAGACGGAGAGACUGGAACUACUAUGUGUGGGCUAUCUGGAUGUGAUCAAGUUGUUUGGCCACCGACGCAGCAUGAUCAGUGAGCAAUUGUACCUCUAUCCCAUGCCGGAUGUUCCCAACGAUCUGCGCACCACUGUCCACACGGAAUGGGAUCUCUACACCCUGUUGCCCAUCGCCAAAAAGCUGACCUUCACCAACAUGGCCUUCGUGACAUUCGAGAGCAUCUACAACCUGAAGGAGGAGUAUGUCCUGGACCUGGAGACCCUUUGGGUGCGGGUGAGUUUCCGCUCCCGGCUGCCCAGUGAUCGAAAUGAGUACACGUUUGUACCGCUCUGUGAAUUUGGGAACCUGGAGCGGAAGAUCAUCAGCACGCAGAACAAUCAUCAUGUCUUCGAGUCCUUCCGCCGCAUCGUGUAUCCUUGGAAUGUGACCGGAUUGAAGUCCGCCAUGGAGGUGGAAAUGCAUCGACUCUUCGCGGAACUCUUCUGCAGCGAGGGCAUGACGGUGGACUUUGAGGAAAUCGAUCAGGUAGCAGAUGAGGCUCUCGUCUGCAACUCCUUCCACCGCUAUAUCCUGACUCAAAAGAUGGCAGAUAUCCUUUCGUUUGUAAUCACCUGUCAGCAGUAUGUUAUAGCCAUAGAGGCGUUUCAAAGUUCUGGCACCGCCAAGCCGCAGAAAAUUUUCCAGGGUGUUUUGGAUCCGUCUAUAAUGGCCUUUCCGGGGGUCCAAAACAUGAGAUUUGCAGUCCAGCUGGAUUAUACGGGAAAAAUUAAGGCCAAGAAGCAGGUUAGCAGCAGCAUAAUCAGUGGAAAGGGUUUAGAUCGGCAACGUCUUACGCCCACAUUUGCCAUUAUAAAGUUGUGUCUUCUGGCGCCGAUUGGUGAGAUCUACAAGGAGCUGAAGGUGUUUCGCGAUAGCUUUGUUCGCCAGAAUCGACUGCUCUUCUGCGAUCGUCCUUAUAGUGCACAUAAAGUGUUGACACUUGGCGAGAUCCAAAUGGAAGCCUAUGCCCGAUUCGACAAGUUCAUCAGGGAUUGCAUAGCCUUUAUUAUCGACAAGAAGGUGAUGAAGAUCGAGGAUAAGAAGCAGCACUUUUGCUGUGCCGUUCAAAACCUGACAAAUAUCCUGAUGAAAUUGGUGGGCAGUGUUUAUAAUACGAGGACUCCCACAUCUUCAAGCGUGGAGUUUGCGAAUCUCUGCGCUUUUGCCUACAAUGAGUUAGAGCCCCGCAUUCAUAAUAUGGUGGAGCAGAUCGAGAACGAGGGCUUUGAGAACUACACGGUCCAUAAGCAGAUUCAUAUUGGGCGGCAAAUAGACUACUUGAACACCAUCAAACUGCUCCAUUUAGUGAAAGAUGAUAGCCUUGCUAAUCUUUUGCUUAAGAAGGCCACCACCGAGUAUCCCAGUGAUGAACGCUUUUGGUUCUACAUGCUUAUCGCGUACAUGGAACGUGGCGAUCUUGAAAAGGCUAAAUUGUACUUCAAAAAGAAUCACCUGGCGGACACCCACGACUAUUUUGCUGGCUGGAUUAAAUUGUACAUCAACUACGUGGACACAAGAAACAAUCCAGAAACCUCGGCCGACUGUACGGAGUGUCUUCUGAAGAGCAUUACGAACUAUGCCGAGCGGAAUCCUCAUCAACAGGAUGGAUGGAUCCUUCUCUACUGCUACUACAAGAGAUUCAAGUACGAACCAGGCUGUGCCUUUGCCCUCUGGCGAUUUGCGGAUCAGAAUGGACACAAUCGGGUCAACUCCUCCUCCCAUGCUCCGCACAGCCUUUGGGGUCUUUUCCUAACCCUCACCACGACCUUACCCACGGUUCGUGGAACCCUGUUCUUCGAAGUUUUCAGGACCUUUGCGCGACUGGGCCUCUACGAGUUCGCCCAGGUUGUCUUUGCCGCUGUGGAGCAUAUGUUCAAUGAUGCGGAUCGGUAUAUGAUCAAUACACAGCUGUCCCUUAUGCUAAAUCAACUGGAUGAGGACUUUGAAUUGCAGAGUUACGAGUUUGGAGAGGGCGAGGAGGCUGAUCAAGCGGCCGCCAUGAAUGCCCAGGUCAAUGGUAAUGUGGAGUUCCAUCGAGGCAACCUGGAAGAGGCGGCACUAUACUAUGAAUGCUGUCUGACCUUGCCGGUUACCGAGGAAACCGAACGCGAUGCCUUCGAGGUCAGCAGACUGCGACUGGGUUAUAUAUCAUAUGAGUUGGGGAACUAUGAAAAGUGCAUCGAAGCCCUAUAUCAACCAUUCGCUGGCCAGCUUCUUGCUCUCAUAGCCGGCUACUUGAUAGGCAAAUCCUACUAUAAAUUUAACGAAUUGGAGAUGGCUCUUCAACACUUUGCCAAAUCCACCCAUCUGGAUACCCAUGUGCCCAACGUAUGGGGAUUUCUGGCGCUAAUCAAUCUAAGACUGGGUGAGAACUACAAGGCUGUGGAGUGCUGGAAGUACGCUAAAAUAGAGCCCAACUUUGAAAUUGAUGACAUGAUGAUCUACGAGGAAUUGGAUGCCAUUGACUAUGAUUCCAUUGACUUGUAUAUCGAUUCUCCGAAUCAAUUAGUCGAGGACAUCUUUGGGGAGUCCCAAUCAAGCUUAUAAUUUGUAUAUUUUGUGUGUGUUUAGAUCUGUGUAUUCGAACCCAUUAAAUCCCACAUUCUUACUGCUCUGCUCUA